AUGGCUGCACAAGCGUUCUUUUCCCCGAGCGUCGCGCUGGAUACUCUUUCGGCCGCGCGGUGUUUGUUAGACAUGUCAAAAAUUUUUCCGAAGAAGCCCGCGCCGGCGUUCGUCGAAAACGCUUCCAGUUCGCCUCUGUUGAUGUUUGCGAAAAUCUUGGCGUCGAUGGAGGAGGAGUGUUUCAUGCUGGAAAAACAUUCAUGUGUCACGAAUAAAACUAAGCCGGUGUGGAACUCAAAAGGAGGUGCACAGUUCAAGAAUAUUGAGCGGGAAAAAUGCCCGAAGGCUGUAACUCCAAUGGAAACAGAAACCGCUGGCGUUACACGACACGAUUCUUAUGACGACACACCCUCUGAACUUAGCUCAAAGCCAAAACAAAAACCCCGGCGUCGGAACACGCGACGAAAAGCCGAGCAGGAGAAGAAAAUACACGCCUGCCACUACACUGGCUGCGAUAAAAAGUACGGAAAAAGUAGCCAUCUCAAAGCGCAUCUUCGUACGCACACAGGAGAGCGCCCGUUCCAGUGUAAUUGGACCGGCUGCGAGAAAAAGUUCGCUCGCUCCGACGAACUCGCUCGCCAUUACCGUACUCACACCGGCGAAAAACGUUAUGUGUGUACAAUAUGUAGCAAGCGCUUUAUGAGAAGCGACCAUCUUUCGAAGCACGCGAAAACGCACGGACAGAAGUCGAGGAAAGAGCUCAACAGGCCUACGAACCCAAUGUUCUUUUGA